AUGGUAGUUGAAUCGAUUGAAGACCCUUCUAUAAAAAUUAAACCAAAUAAAAAGUUAAUAGAAUUUAUUUGUAAAAAUGUUAAGAAAACAAGCAACACUCCAUCUAGUAUUGUUGCUUUGAAGAAAUCUACUAAAGACAACCAGAAAGAUGUCUUACUUCAAUUGGAUGACAUCAGAUGGUUGAAUAAGUACUUGGAAGAAUACAGGACCACUAAAAUGGAAAGUAUCUAUUUACAUGAAUUAUUAGAGGAAGCUGAUAUACAACUACCUACACCAAAACUUGUACCAAGAAAUCCUGAACUGGAAGCUAGGAUACAGAAAUUGAAAGCACAACAGAAUGCUAGAGAAUACCAAGCUAUGACCAAAAGCAUUGAUUCUAAUAGAAGACAUUUUCCAGAGGACAGUAUCUCUUACCAAAUGAAGCAAAUAAAUAGGCAGCUAAUAGCUGUUGCACAGUUUGUAUUUUCUGUGGUGGCAGGUUUUGUUUUUGGAUUCAAGGGUGUGGAGUUAAUAAUUGGAAAUUUAGAUUUUGGAUUUAGAUUGUUGUUAGGGAUAAUCUGUGCAUUGAUCAUAGCUUUAGCUGAAAUCUAUUUCUUAGCUAUUAAAUUAAAUGAAGAUGGAUAUGAAACUGUCCCACAACCUAUGCCUAAAAAAUUGCAUCAAGAAUAAAAUUUUAUAGAGCAUUACUAUGAAAGUGUAUUCUUCUAAAAUGGCUUUCUGCAAUUUCUAUAAAAACAUGAAAACACAAGGAAAAAUAAUUUGUGAAUAGCCAGGACAUGAAGUGGCACAAGUGAUGAUAAAUUGAAGGGGAAAACAGCAUAGAAAGAUCGAUGAAUUUAUUUUGUUUUAUAUUAUUAUUCAAGCUAAAAUAGUAUGGAGCUUUUUAAGCUGUUGCACUGUGAAAAAUAAAUAAAUCCUUUACUUUGUA